AAAUAUAUGUACAGUCAGAUACGGACCCUAAAACCCUUUUUAUGUCAUUGUUUUCCAAACCCUGCCGCGAAGCAUCAAUUCGAAUAAGAGAAUUGGGGAUUUGGAUUGGGGUUUUCGUAUAUCACUUCUCAAAAUCAAUCCUCAAUUUGAUUCUUUUUUCGAUUUGCAUUGAUUAAGACUAUUUUCAGUAGAUUUGAUUUUGAUUUUCAAUUCGAUUCAAUUUGAUGGAGGAUACGAAUCAGCAGAGCAUCGAUCAAUUCACGUCUGUUUCAUCUCCAGGUGAAAGAGUUGCUGAGCCACAAAAUGCUGCAGAACAGCCUAUUUCGCCGAAAGAUGAAAGGGUUGUCUCUGCAAAUGCUUCUCCGGAUGCAGCCAUCCCUGGGGCUUCAAGAAAUGCUAAAGAUCACCCUGUUACCUCUGAAACUGGAGCUCUAUCCACCUUUUAUCCACCCAACUCCUAUUCUCCUCAGGACCAAGGUCUUUAUUAUGGAGGUUACGACAAUGGCACUGGGAGUUGGGUCGAACAAUCUAAUGAUGGCAAUGUGAACAACUUGCACGUGGUUCCACCAGCGAUGUACAAUGAAAAUCCGCUCUUUUUCCCUCCCGGUUACGGCUUUGAUGCUCAGAUGGCAUUUGGACAGUUCUCCCCCAUUGCUAGUCCUCUUUCUCCUUUUAUGAUCGAUGGUCAGCUAUACUCACACCAGAUUCCAGUUUCUCCAUCUUACUAUGCACCACCUGUUUCCCCUGGCUUGCCACAUGUUACAUCAGCUCUUCCAGCUUCACAGUCUGAUCUGGUGGCACCAGGAAGCACUGGCCAUGAAAUUGAUGGCACACAGUUUGGGCCAGGAUCAGGUUACUACAUGCCUGUUGGAUCGUUUGGUGGAGGCGAGCUUUCAGGAAGCAGCAACAUUGGUUUCUACAAUUACCAAGGUGAAUUUGGAUCUGGUCAAUCUUUACCUAAUCGACCUAACCCUGUGGACUCUGGAAGAUAUAUGUCUCAAAUGACAUCUGCAGGACUAUAUCCACAACCAGGUGGCAUACUUGGGUCGUAUGAGCAAAAUGCCAUGCAGGCUUCACAUCAAGGUCUUGGAUUUACACCAGCCUCCUCAGCCAGGCAUUAUUCCCAAGGUGGUUUUUAUCCUGGUGCGAACUAUGGUAGUGGUUCCGGUUCUUUGUGGGAACCUGGUCACCGAAAUUGGAUAACUCCUGACAGAAGUGGAAGACGUGAAAGGGAUCGACACUCUGUCAACAUUUCCUCUGAAUCACUUGGUAUGGCAAGUGAACGAAACCGAGGACCAAGGGCAUUGAAACCAAAGAGCAAGGCUUCCGUUGAGGAUAGCUCGUCAUCUGUUAUUCAUAAAGAAGUUGAGUUAACCUCUAAUUUGCAGCCUGACCAGUACAAUCGGCCCGAAUUUCUCACUGAUUAUGAGCAUGCUAAAUUCUUUGUCAUCAAGUCCUUCAGUGAAGAUAAUGUUCACAAAAGUAUCAAAUAUAGUGUCUGGGCUAGCACUCCUCAGGGAAAUAGAAAGCUUGAUGCUGCUUAUCGUGAAGCAAAAGAGAUGAAUGCUAAUUCUCCUGUUUUUCUCUUUUUUUCGGUCAAUGCUAGUGGACAAUUUUGUGGAGUGGCUGAGAUGGUUGGACCUAUUGAUUUUGAGAACAACGCGGAAUACUGGCAGCAGGACCGAUGGAGUGGGCAAUUUCCUGUUAAAUGGCAUGUCAUUAAGGACGUUCCUAACAGUCAGUUUCGCCACAUACUUCUGGAACAUAAUGACAACAAGCCAGUGACUCACAGCCGAGAUUCUCAAGAGGUGAAAUUGCCAGAGGGAAUAGAAAUGUUGAAAAUUUUCAAAAACUAUGAAGCGGAUACCUCUAUCUUGGAUGAUUUCACCUAUUACAAUGAGAGGGAGAAGUCCUUGCUUGGAAAGAAGAGUAAACAGCGAACACUUCCACCUGGUAGUGCUGCAGUGACUACUGCAGCUGACACAAUAAGUCAACUAGCUGAUAGUCUUGCCGGCACACUAAACUUGGAAGGCAACAAGAAUUUGCCUUAAAUAGAGUUUGUAGUGCACUACCUUAAGCCAGUAGCAGAUUCCAGAGGCAGAGUUUACUGCAGUCAUUCAGUGUUUAUUUGGUUGGGCAACCAGCUGGCUCAUAUAGUUAAAAGGAUAUUGCUAACAGCUUUUUGGGAGGUGGCCUUUUCAUCACCUUUGGAUCAGAAAACUCUCUCUUUUCCUUCAUUUGCCAUUUGUUCAAUUUGUUGUGAUUUGCAGUUCUUGGGCCAGGAGAGAGUAGCCAGUAGUGUUAGUGCUAACUGUCUUCCCGUUAUUUCUUCGUUGUUUCUAUAAAGUAGGUGAUGGCAGGCAAUACAGAAGCCAUCCGACAUUUGGAAAUUUGUGGAUCUCUCCGGGCUGAUGCCUUAUUGUACUCUAGCUUUUCUUAGUUUUGGACGGUACCCAGGGCUGCUUUGUUAUUGCUGUAGAAUUACCAAAAUGGGUGAUAAUUGGGAGGAGGCUGCAACAUGUUUACAGAAAUCAAACUACUUUAUAUUAAGCCUGUAUUUCAUGAUCAACCCAAAUAAUGUCUGGCUUUUAUAGUCAGAUUAUUUCUUUUAUGGAGUCAUAGGUAUCAAUGUUUUCUCUGCUG